AUGGCUCCCCAACAGGUCAAGCCAUUCCGUCUUCUCGACCUUCCACCAGAGUUGUGGAGCAAGAUCGGCCAGCUCAUUGUUGAUGACGCCAGCACCGUUACUGAAAAGAAGCUCUACUGGAUUCAUCACCCGUACCCAUCUUCGGCACAAGAGCUGGCAGAAAUCCAGCAACCAGCGACAACACGUACAUGCAGCAUCCUGCGAGCGGAGCUCUUGCCAUACUACUACCAGAGCAAGAUCUCGAUCAGCGUCAUCGCAAGUUCUUUGGCAUCAAGGGUGGUGGGCAAAUGGCUUAGGAUGAUCGGUUCGAAGAACAGGAGUGUCGUCACAGGCGUCUGGCUGACACUAUACGGGACCCGCGAUAAGCAGAGUCAGCUCUUGAGGGAAGAUUUCCAGGUCGACUUUCAGCUUAGUUGGACUGCACGACGCGAGAGAGAACGUGGUCUGUACGGAAGAGAGCAAGACUACGUGAGCUUGGAGUUUCUCGCGUGA